ACAUUUAGGUUGGAUCAAAUUUUGACUAGGUAGAGGGUAGUUGAAAUAUGAAAGCAGCGAAAAGGAAUUUGUGUACGUGGUGAUUUAAUUUGGAUUUCGAUCAGGUGGUGAUAGAGAGAUGAGUGGCCAAUUGGGAUGCCAUCGUUUCGCCCAACAGACAGAAAGCAAUUAAUCCAGCACAUCCAUUUUUACUAUUUUUGUUUGAUACUCGUUUUCUUGCGUAAAGUGAUGCCCGGAGAAUCUUACUACAAAUCUUACACAGUUCUACACACCACCACAGGGUCCCCCUUUACAAUUACAAAUAAAUACCAUACAUCCCCCUCUUUCUUCUUUUGCUCCACACCUUCAAAUCAAAACCUCCCUCCAUACAAUUCACCCUCCUUUUUAAGCUAACUUCUUAAUUAAAUAUCUCUAUCUCUAUCUCUAUUUAAAAAACAUAUUCACAUCAUACUUUCAAACUAAUAACAUGGGAAGUUCGGUGCGUGUUAAAGAAGCUGUGGUAGUCACACCUUCAGAGCCCACACCAAAUGCUGUCCUGUUACUUUCACCACUCGACUCUCAACUUUUUCUCCGCUUCACUAUAGAAUAUCUUCUACUUUACAGGCCCGGCCCGGGCCUCGACCAAGUGACCACCACUUCUCGUUUAAAAGCUGCAUUAGCCAAAGCUCUUGUUCCUUAUUACCCAUUGGCUGGGAGAGUAAGGCCCAGACAAGAUAAUUCGGGCCUUGAGGUCUUGUGUAAAGCCCAAGGAGCGGUUUUCAUCGAAGCAGUUAGUGACCGUUACACCGUCAACGACAUCCAAAAAGUGCCAAAGACGGUUACGCAAUGGAGGAAACUCUUGUCGCUCAGCGUCCCUGACGUUCUCAACGGAUCUCCGCCGUUAGUCAUUCAGCUGACGUGGCUCUCCGACGGCGGCGCAGCGUUAGGCGUCGGAUUCAGCCACUGCAUAUGCGACGGCAUCGGUAGCGCGGAUUUUCUCAACUAUCUAGCAGAAUUGGCUUUAGGAAAACGCGGCAGUCCUAAAACGAAACCAGUCUGGGAUCGCCACGUUUUCAAUCUUUCGCAGCCGUUGAGUCGGGUUGACUCAGUGAGCCACCCCGAGUUCAACCAGGUUCCAGAUCUAUGCGGGUUUAUGAACCGAGUCACGAAUUCUCUCAGACCAACUUGCAAUGUGUUUGAUAAGAAACGGUUAAAUGAGCUAAAAAGCGUGGCUCGUCGCACGUGUCAAGUAAGCGAUUCUUCGUACACGUCGUUUGAAGUGCUUGCGGCACACGUGUGGAGGAGUUGGGCGAGAGCAUUGGCGUUUCCACCCAACCAAACGCUGAAAUUGUUGUUUAGCGUUAACGUGAGGAAUCUGGUAAAAGCGGGUUUACCCGAUGGGUAUUAUGGAAACGCGUUUGUUCUAGGGUGCGCGCAGACAAGUGCGAGAGAACUUGGGGAGAGAGGAAUCGGGUACGGGUCGGGUUUAGUGAAGAGAGCGAAGGAGAGAGUGGACAGUGAGCAUGUGAGGAGAGUGACUGAGUUGGUUUCCGAGUCAAGAGCGAGUCCUGACUUGGUGGGUGUGUUGAUACUGUCGCAGUGGUCGAGGUUGGGUCUUGAUCGGGUUGACCUGGGAAUGGAGAAACCGGUGUUUGUGGGGCCCAUUUGUAGUGAUAGGUACUGUUUGUUUUUGCCGGUGAAGGGUGAAAGGGACGGCGUCAAGGUCACGGUGGCUGUUCCCGCAGCCGCCUUUGACAAUUACCACCGUUUCCUCCGGGACUACUAACCUUUGUUCAUAUUUUGGAUAAUAUUAAUAAUUAAUUUUUUUACCUGUUUAA